UUGGUGGGUCAAACCACUUUCCGUGAACUCAAGGAAGAAGAAGCACAACACAACACAACAACAUCCACUAAUCUUUCUCUCUCUAUAAUAAAGAGAAACCAAAAAAAGUCUCUUUAUAGUUUCUACAAUAGACAUUGACAUACAUACGGUGAGUAAAGGCUUGUACCAUCUUCUUCAAGUGAACAUAUAGCCUCAUGGAUGAUAUUCCUGGGAGGUUGAAUAUAGUCCCUGAUCACUUUCAUGUAUCAACUUCUAGUGAGGACACUCCUCAAAACAUAACUUCAUCUAUCCAACAGCCCAGAAUUGAUAAUUCAUCCAGCUCAAAUAGUCGUUUCUGGUCUGGAAGAAAACUAAGAAGUGCUGCAUUCAUGCUGAAUUUGUUUAACCUACAGAGGCUGUCAUGGGGUUCUAGCGCUGAUGUUCAGGAAAAGGUCGAGUUAUCCGUCACAGAGUUAGAAUCACUUCGAUCAGAACUUGCAUAUUUAGAAGAGAGGGAAGCUCACUUGAAAGCUCAGUUGGAACAUGUUGAUGAAGUUCUGCGCUCUGCUCGGUUCUCUGGUUAUUUGUACAUCCGAACUAGAUGGACAGCUCUACCUGGGGAGCCGCCGCCACUUGAUGAUACUGAUGUGGACGAUUGGCUUCCUCGCUUUGUUGUCCUUAAUGGACCAUGCAUCUUCUUCUAUUUGUUGUCCACAGAUUUCAGUCCUCAAGAUUCCACUCUACUUGCCGAUAUUGUUGAAGUAGGCUCUCUGCCAAGCUUUACACGGGAGCAUGAAGAGACAUUGUAUUCCUCAUAUAUCUUAACUCGUCAAGGUCUGAGAUAUGAGUGCUCAAGUGUUUCCGAAGUACAGGUUGAUUCAUGGCUAAAGGUAUUGCAAACUGACAUCAAGUUGGUUUCUGAGACAAAAGUUCCCUCAUGGUUCCAGUGAUGUGUAAAAUCUGCAUGUUUUUAACCGUAAGCUGUACAUUGCAAAAUUUAACUGUAAGCUUUAGAUAUAUGAAUAUCAGUUUGGUUAUGAUAUCUCUAACUCAUUCAUUGUGUUUCUGUACAGAACAAUUGAUAUACUUUAUUUGAGUUGUAGUUAAUGUUGUACCACUCAUUCUUGACAGAAUUAAAUUUAACAUGAAGUUGCCAUUCUUGCGUGUUGUUA